GAAAGAAUUCCAGCCUCCAGGCCUGUAUUUCCGCAUUUUCCCUGCAAAACGGAGCCCUUUCCUGCGUAUACUCCAUGUAAAGUGACACCGGAGCCGUAGGAAGUUGUUAGAGGGGGUUUCAGAGUCCGUCCACCACGUCUACAAACUUCCCUUCUCAACUCCAGUGAUCGGUUUGAGGAAACUCUGCUGCAGCGCCCGAAAGCAGCAACGAGCCUUUGCAAAACACAAACGGAAGAUGAUACAGUUAUUGGUACAGAUGAUUCUGCUGGCUGUCCUAGUGACAUUCGUGGCGUGCAACCCGCAACCGUUACCGUUAGACGACAUCGUGAUAGAGAAGACGUUCACCCCGGAGCGCUGCGAUCGGAUGGUCAAGUCAGGAGACUUUGUUCGGUAUCAUUACAUCGGCAUGUUCCCUGAUGGAAAGAAGUUUGACUCUAGUUAUGACCGUGGCAACACUUAUAAUGUGUUUGUUGGUCAGAAGCAGUUGAUCGCUGGAAUGGACAAAGCUUUAGUGGGCAUGUGUGUUAAUGAACGAUGGAUGAUCAAAAUCCCUCCACAUCUUGCCUACGGAAAAGAUGGUUAUGGUGACAUCAUCCCCGCAGAUUCCAUCCUUCACUUUGAUGUGUUGAUGUUGGACAUUUGGAACAAAGAGGACAAGGUGCAGAUAAAGACCUACCACAAGCCAGAGAGCUGUGUCCGCACUGUACAAGUGUCUGAUUAUGUCCGUUACCACUACAAUGGUACUCUGCUCGAUGGCACGCUAUUCGACUCCAGUCACACACGUAUGCGCACCUAUGACACUUACGUGGGGAUUGGCUGGCUCAUUGCGGGAAUGGACCAGGGGCUUUUGGGAAUGUGUGUGGGAGAAAAACGCAUCAUCACCAUGCCACCUUUCCUUGGCUAUGGAGAGAAUGGGGAUGGAAGUGACAUCCCCGGUCAAGCCUCUCUGGUGUUUGAUGUGAUUCUGCUGGACCUUCAUAACCCCAAAGAUGAAAUCACAGUACAAGUGCAAAGCCUUCCAGAUCCCUGUCCACGCAAGAGUGAAGUAGGAGACUUCAUGCGUUACCAUUAUAAUGGAUCCCUGCUGGACGGCACAUUUUUUGACUCCAGUUAUUCAAGGAAUCGCACAUAUGACACUUACAUCGGUAAAGGCUAUGUGAUCGCAGGAAUGGACCAAGGACUCCUGGGGGUGUGUGUUGGAGAGCACAGGAGGAUUGUUAUCCCACCUCACCUGGCAUAUGGAGAAGAGGGAACAGGAACUAAGAUCCCUGGCUCAGCUGUGCUGGUAUUUGAUGUCCACAUUAUUGAUUUCCAUAAUCCAUCUGAUAUAGUUGAGGUCACCGGUGUGAAGCCAGAGAAUUGCACCCACAAUGCAAAACGUGGGGACUUUGUCAAAUACCACUACAACGCCACUCUCAUGGAUGGCACUCACAUCGGCUCCACGCACACCUUUGGUAAGACAUACGAUGUGGUUCUGGGGGCCGGACAGGUGGUCAUAGGCAUGGAACAAGGGCUUAUAGGAAUGUGUGUUGGAGAGAAGCGCAAGCUAGUCAUUCCACCUCACCUUGCCUACGGAGAGAGGGGAGUAGAUGGCGAGGUCCCUGGCAGUGCUGUGCUGGUGUUCGAUGUUGAGUUGGUGGACCUGGAGGACGGUCUUCCUGAAGGCUACAUGUUUGUGUGGAACGGCGAUGUCUCACCCAACCUAUUCAGUGAGAUGGACAAGAACAAAGACGCACAAGUGGACACUACAGAGUUUUCAGAUUACAUCCUGCAGCAGGUAGAAGAGGGCAAAGGUCGCCUGGCUCCAGGUUUUGAGCCGCAACGCAUCAUACAGAACAUGUACGAUAACCAGGAUCGCAACAAGGAUGGUAAAAUCACAGAAGAUGAGUUUAAACUCAAGGCAGAUGAAGCAGGCCCUCAUGAUGAGUUAUGAGGCUGGACUCAGGGAUUAAGGGUUUUGAUUGGUCGUCUUGUGGUUGAGUAUUAUUAAUGGGAAGGGCAUAAAGAUACUGAAUUUUUAAGUGGAGUGUAACUCAGUGAUAUUGUUUAUUUUAGAUGUUUGUCUGAGAGGUGUGUGCAUGUAUGAGUGUGCAUAACUGUGUUUAUAUAUGAUUUUUUUUUUUUGUACGGGUCUUUGAAUGUUUGUAGGAGUCUGGAGUGAUACAAAUGUGCAAAACAUUGCUUUGUAAAAAAAAAAUCCCUUAAAUAAACACAUUCCAAUCCCCAAAGUAGCAUUUCACUAUUUUAGUAAAUCAUAAUUUUAUUAGUACCUGGAAAACAUUGCUUUUCACAAGUUCUUCAACUUAAUCAAAGUCAAUAGAAGUUAGGUAAAGACUUAUAGCUUCCUCUUAAAAGGGAACAUCUGCAAAACAACAUUUGUUACAUAAUUUAAGGUUUUAGCUGGUGGACUGACAAAAUGCUGCAUGCUGAUAUUGAUGAACUUUUGAACUUUAAAUGUCUUCUUCAUGAUUGAGCAAGUCCAUUCUGACAUGUUUCUGAUAAUGUUCUUUCAGACUUAGCAAAUAGGAAUAGCACUGAAACAGUCACUACAUGGCUCAAUGAACAAUGUUUAAGUAUAAAACGAGUGUCUGUGUCUGUCUGUUUUUAUAAUCCUUUGAAUGCAUAUGACAGUGUGUCAAGUAGGUGUGGAAUGAUAGAGACUCCAAAGCGGCGGCAUUGACUGUAUUUUAAAAAGUGAGAAAUGCUAUUACUAUCACUACAUUACAUCAUAUACAGUCCACAUCGUCACACGCCAAAAUCCAUUUAAACGUGACUAAUAAAAAAAAGUAGUCAUAUGUGGCCCAAAAUACAUGAAAUUUUUUUUUUUAAAAGCGAUAAACCUGUAUGUUCAAAUACAUCCUGCUGACAAGAGGAAGAUUAAAUUUGGGUCUGUAAAGAAAUAUUCUACAUUGGGUAAACAAAAACUCAUCUUUUUAAUUAAAGUAAAACAAAUCUUUAAAAAAAAGCAUUAGAAAUGUGAUGUUAUUAAUGCAAAAGUUGUUGUUCUUGUGAAAUCAUUAACAAUAAAAAUUAAAUAUCAAAGAGUA